GCCCCCAACUGUAGUGCCAUUGGCGUGAAACUCAAAUCACGGGCGGGAGAAGGAGCGAGCCGGUCGGUUAGCCGAACCGGGGUGGACCGUUUUAAACGUUUACAACAGGAAACCAUCGACAUUUUUUGGGUUUUAAUCCGCCGGGGAACUCGCGACGCGUUCAGUAACCCGACCUCGGCGCCGAGGAGCGACAAUAAGGAGCGUCAACCAGGAGCAACGGUGUCGACCGAACUUACCGCGGAGCGACGGGAAGUGAUUCAACAGUUUCACGAUGAUCAUGAAGGGGCAGAAGCGCAGAUUCCCACCGGAGGAUGUGGAGGUUUCAGACAGGAGCAGCCCGACCUGGGAGAGCCAACGACAGUUUGUGUUCUCGGUUUCCCUGAGCAAGUAUCAGCGUGGCCAGGAGCUGCCUGAACCCAGCCUGCGGAGGUCCGUGCUGAUAGCCAACACGCUGCGGCAGAUCAGCCUCGAGGCCUGCGUGGCACCCUCUGCAAACGGGGAAGUGUCAGCAUGCAGCUCUUCAUCUGCGCUCCAUGUGAAAGAGCAGGAGGGUAUUGUCUACGGAGUUGCCACAGCAAAACAUCCCUCUGCAGAGGCGCUCACUUACAGCCACUUGUCAGCUCUUGCCACCUGCCCUGGGGUUUCCUCAAGUGACUCAUCGAAUUGUGUUACAAGUAGGUGUCCAGCAAGUACAUCAAAUGUUCCCCUGUCUGCAGGAGACGAAGAUGAGGACUGGGGAUCAAUGUCCACUGAUCCUGAUUUCUCCCUUUCAGCUGCCAUUUCCUCGAUUCUCACUGCACUGGAUUCAACCAUUGACGGGGGCCCCCAGGCAGCUCUGCGGUCACCCCUCCGGUCCUUGGAGAACCUGUCGCGGUCCCCAGAGGGAAGUGCGGCGUGGGUAAAACAGGGAGUCCGAGGUUAUGGGGGGAGCUGGGAGCAGCCGGAGGUGUGCGGUGUGCGGGAGAGCAACAUGGAGGUGAUGAGGUCCAGCUACCUCGGUGAUCUCACUGUGGAAGAUUUGUUCCAGGAUAUAGACACGUCCUUGCUGGAGAGGGACAUGGGAGUGCUUGGACUUAGAGGCAGCGGAGCUGGAUACCCAGCAGGCGAUGAUCUCCUCAGGUACCUGCCCCCUUUCUCUCCCUCCUCUCCCUCCCCGCACCCCUUCUCCCUCUCUCUAAGCCAGAAUCUGAAGUGCCUGCCUUCGUUCUCCUCGUUUGGCCCAAUGUCUCCCUCAACGUCUACUUUACCGUCCCUCUCUACACCACCAUCCUCUCUCUUCGUCGGUCAGAAUCACGUGAGAGAAGGACUUGAGCUGGAGCAUCUGAUGGAGAUCCUGGUGGAGUCCUGAUAGCCACGUCUUCACCGCAGUAUGAGAAAUCCCCUCAAAACCGGAAGUAACCUGAACAACAUUCGCUAACUUAGUGGACAGAAACUGAACUCUUACGGCAAAGGGCUUGACUGUCAAACAUGUCAAACAUUCUCUUUGUACUUAAUAUAUGUAAUUGCUCAUGGAACUGUGUAUUUUAGGCGUUAGAAAGUAGUGAGCAUGUUCUGGAGAUGUAGAAAUGGUUAAUGUCUAAGACAGAAAAUGCUCCACACAUGGACCAUCAAGAAAAAGUAGCUGCGAUGCAUCUUAUUGUCACAUGAAACACAAAAAGCAGCAUGAAAGAUUUGUGUUUCGGAGCGAUAGUGAAAAUUGUGUGGGUCGAAGCCAGAAAGGCUGUUUUUAAUAAGCAGUGAAUCACUGCACAGUUAACUGCUGAGAUGCAUUUGAUCACAAUUUUCUGUCUGACUCAGCUAAUUGGCACUAAUUGCCAGUGCCUGUCUAGAGGGCAGGGGUUGUCCAGAAAACGAAGAGAGGCGGCGAUUCGGCAGUCGCCCUAAAAUGUGUCAAAUGCAUCACCGCGUCAAGCCGCACCGCGUUCACCCUGGCCGCCCCGAGUUAUCUGGAGUAAGGAAAAAGCAGUAGCCAGUCAUGUGCUGGUGUUUAUUUGUGCAGUGUAAAAUGUUAAUGUGAGUUCAGAGAGAAUGUGAUUUGGCUUGUGUUGGAAGGACUCUGUGGUCCAAACACUAAUACUAUAGGUCAAAUCUUCUGUGAAGAAAUUCUUUUAUCAUAUUUAUAAAUUUGUUAUUACUGGGAGAUGCUGUCAGAUGCGUAGCUAUCAGGAUUUUGAAAACUGCAGGAGCUCCCAGUAAAAAUGUGAUAUUUAGUCAUUGAUAACGGUUCGACCAGGACAAGAAAUCCACAAGAACCACUAUUUUGUGCAGUUAUAAAAAGGAAAAGAAAUUUCAAAUUGUGUAUAAUUCUUGAACGCUGUCAUUAACUGGGUCAUUCCUCAGCUUAUCAGUAACCAGCAGUUAGAAGUACAGUCACAUUAGGAUUUAAUUUAUAUAUUCCUGUAUUAGCAGUAAAGCAAUUUAGCCCUUAGAUAUUGCUCAGUGGAUGAAGCACAACUCUUCAAUUCGCUUGACCAACUGACUGAGAUGAAGGGUGAAACUAGAUUUUUUCUAGAGUGCAACUGGCCUAGUUUAGGAAACGGUAGUGUGAAGUCACUUCAGUAUUCAGUGUCUUUUGAACAGAUGCCUUUAUUCACAGAGCCUUCGCAGUACAGUGACAGUUUACAAAACAUCCUCACGAGUUUGCUUGUGACGGUGCAGAACCGGCCAGCCAUCCACUACUACACAACCGCUUCUGUUGUACAGACGCAGAAGCUUCAUUUGGUUUGCAUUUGAAUUAUUGCACUUUUGUAGAUAAUCUGCAUUUUGAGUCUCGGGUCAUGUGAGCGUGCGGUUAAUGUUUUACUCAGUAUUUAUUGAAAAUGUAACAUUACAGGUAAGAUUUGUGCCAAAUUGUGCCAUGUGAAUCACCUGGUAAGAGUUCUGUUAAAGCAUAUUGUUUAAAAUGAAAUGGUGUUUUAACUGCAACUUAACCAGUUCUAGAUGUCGAUCCAUCAUGUAAACCCACACUGCUAUAAAGUACGGCAGGAAGAGUGGAGAGAAAUUGUAUGAUGAAGCACAUGAUGUAUGUUUUGUUUUUGUUAGUUUUUUGUACAUUUAUAAUCCUGUUCGUGGACUGAAGUUUCUUUCAAUGCGAAGGUCCUUUCUGAACAGACGCAGUCUCAAACUAAUCAUUAUUGACAUAUUUUGUUAACAAUAUGAGUAAUUUAAUGUCGUACCAUAUUCAACAAUGGUAUAUUAAUAUUGUUACGGCAUUUAUUUUAUUUACUUUUACUUUCUUCACGAAUAUUUUAACGGUUAUGUUUUUUAAAUUGAGGGGCAGAAUGCUCACAUUAUGUAUUUAGACUUUUUUUUUUAAAUAAGGUAAUGUUUACCUGUACUGAUGUUUUUAAUAAAAUGUGAUAAUGAA